CCUUAUGGAUCAAUCAAUUACCUCGUUGUUCCAUGUCAAUAUUGGUCCACCUAAGUUGAUGUCAAUAUUGGUUCCAUGUCCAUAUUGUCCUUAAUUUAUAUCUUGCACUAAUUUUAAGUCUUAAUGUUAAGUAUUGGAUCCACAACACUCCCUGUGCAGUCAUCAUUCAUUUUUUUGUUCUCCGCUUCCUUUUGGAAAUGAAACAUCUAUACUUUAUAUUUGGGUUUGCCCAAAGAGUCUUGAAUCCUUAACCAUGAGAUGAUAUCUAAUUUUAGCAUGUGACCUUACUUGACAACAGUACAUUAAAUUUGAUUAGACUUUUAGCCUAUGGAAACUUGGAAGUCUACAGCUUGUCACCUCAUUGAGCCAAAGGAAAAAAAACGUGAUGACCUUUCUGUUAGUUCAUGUGACGUGGAGAACAGGAAAAAAUAUAUGCAUAUAAAAGGAAUGAACAUACCUCACCAAUGAUGCAACACCUAUUCACUUAAUAAAAUCUGUCAUAAAUUAAAUGUAAUAUGCUUUUCUGGUCAUUUUCCUAUAGCUGCAUGAUGCUUGCAGUCAUUAUGCAGCAGCAAGCUUCUUCCUGAUCUUGGUAUCUUAGUCAAUCAGCAUCAAAUGGCACACGGAAUUGGUCACCUUCAACAUCGGCACAAGGUAGAUGAGGUUGAAAACUUGAAAUAGUGCACAGAGGCUUGCUUUCUUUUCUUUCCAAAUAAGUGAGUCCCCGUUUCCAUCAUAACUAAAACAUUGUUUUGUGACAGUUUCCUUUUUCUAGCAGUGCCUUCAGGGCAUUAGUAGAUCCCUUAGCUCAAGGGCAACACAGAAAGGGAUGUUUUCCCCCCAAAUAAUUGUUUCUCACAAAUGCAAGCAUCUCAGUCCUUACAAUAAAGAGAACCACACUUUCCAUUUCUAUAAAUCCUGUGUGUUUUAUAACAAGAGAUUCAUUUAAUAUAUUGCUAGGUUUGUUACAUGCUAAGCAGCUUGGUUAAGUCUCAGCAACUUAACAUUUAUAUAUUAUAUGUAUCAUAAUUUCUAGUAUUAUAAGCGCUAAAAGUUUACUUAGGUGACUAUUUGUGUUCCUUCAAAACACCCUGACCUAACCACCCUUAACAAUCUUUCAAUCAUUUAACUUGUACGUCUGCACUUAGGAAUAGAGUAUUUGACAUGUUGCCAUAUUGGAUACGAUUUAUCCCAUGUUUAAGUUGUGCAUAAUGCCUAACCACUGAAUGUAUAGACCUUGGAAACAUCUUGUCUCUUUAUGUUUGGCCAGUUCCUUUGCCUGCCAAUAUCUUGAAAGUUAUCAUCUCGAAGCCUAUAAAUACUUGUCCUGUAAAUAUACUUAGGCACCCUGGGCAUCCUGAUCGUCUAUGAUUGAGUUCAAUUGUGUUAAACUGACCCUUAGACUCGGAAUAUGGAGAAAGGAAAACACAUCCAGCCACCAACUUAUGGCAACCUUGUAACUAUUCUUUCUAUCGAUGGUGGAGGGAUUCGAGGAAUCAUUCCAGCUGUUGUUCUCACCUUUCUGGAAUCAGAGUUGCAGAAACUCGAUGGAGAGGAAGCCAGGUUAGCAGAUUACUUUGAUGUCAUUGCUGGAACAAGCACAGGGGGGCUUGUGACCUCAAUGCUGGUUGCACCAAACAACACAAACAGGCCACUUUUUGCAGCCAAGGAUAUUCAAGCAUUUUAUAUGAACCAUGCUCCCAAGAUUUUCCCACAGCAGAGGGGUCCAUUUGGUAGGGUAAUGAGGAUAUUCCGAUCACUGUCAGGACCUUCCUAUGAUGGUAAGUACCUUCAUGAUGUUGUCAGAAAGAAGCUAGGAAUCACCAGGCUGCAUGAGACUUUAACAGAUGUUGUAAUACCAACUUUCGACAUCAAGCGGCUACAACCUAUUAUUUUCUCAUCUUAUGAGGUUAAGAAUGAGAAGUACAACACAAUGGAUGCUCUACUAUCAGAUAUUUGUAUCAGCACAUCUGCUGCUCCAACUUAUCUUCCUGCGCACUACUUCAAGACAGAAGAUUGCCAUGGAAACACCAAGGAGUUCCAUCUUAUUGAUGGAGGAGUGGCUGCCAAUAACCCGGCUUUAGUUGCCAUUGGAGAAGUAACCAAGCAGAUAUUCAAGGAAAACCCAGAUUUUUUCCCAAUAAAACCUAUGGAUUAUGGCCGGUUUCUGGUCAUCUCACUAGGCACAGGCUCAGCAAAGUUUGAAGCAAACUACAAUGCACAAACGGCUAAAUCAUGGGGACUGUUGGGUUGGUUGCUUGGCAGUGGAUCCACUCCCUUGGUAGAUAUUUUCACACAAGCAAGUGCAGAUAUGGUGGAUAUCCAUAUCUCUGCUGUUUUCAAAGCAUUACAUUCUGAGCAAAACUAUCUGAGGAUUCAGGAUGAUACUCUGCAAGGGACGCUGUCCUCGGUUGAUGUUGCAACCAAGGAAAAUAUGGAGAAGCUUGCCAGAGUUGGAGAUAUGCUCCUAAAGAAACCUGUCUCACAGGCGAACUUGGAAACUGGCCAUAUGGUGCCUGCUUGUCAUAGGGCAGAGAUGACCAAUGAAGAAGCUCUAAAGAGGUUUGCGAAGCUGCUGUCUGAUGAAAGGCGACUUCGCAAGGCAAGAUCGCCAAAAUGAAGAAAGCACUGAUGCUUGUUUCAAUUCACUGAGGGAACUGUGCAUUACUUCAGUUAAUAGUUAUGUUUGAUAUUAUUUGUUGAUACGGAGUUGCGUUGUAACAAUAAAACAAUUUGUACGGGGUCAUGCUGACAGUCUGACACUAUGAAUUGAUGAUGUUAGCUUCUGCCGGCUGGCUUUUGUAGCAUGUAAAAAAAAUGGAAAACACUAACAUUCUUUUUAAUAAAUGCCAGCACUGUAGUACGUGUAUCA